ACUUCUUAUUUUAAUCAAUGUUUUAAUCUAUACUGCUUCCUGCAUACUUCAUAUGCUUUGGACAAAACAACAGUAGAACGUGCACGCUUAAAUCUUUGGUGGUUGCAAUUAGCAAGUGUUUAACUAUUUUGAAAAAAGUGGUGAUUAUAUAUUUAGAUGCGUUUUUAAAAUGUUUUACUAACCGCGAGAACAUACAUAAACAUUAAUGAACAUUUAUGAAGAGAGGAAAUAAUAUCCUGUUUAAUAGUUCAAUUUUUAUGAAAACUAGUAAAGCUUUAGUUUUCUCUCGCGUGCUAUUGUUAUCUAUUCGUUAUCAUUGUGAAAAAACCUUGAAAAAGUUCAAUACAUUUAGCAGACUUGUUGUGAGGCUAUUGUUUAAAAUCGCAAUGAAGAAGAAAAUCUCAUCCCAUGGAUUUAGUUUUCAAUAUUUUCCUAUAGAUUAUUUAAAAAUUUGUUGAGACUGUGAAGAGAUAAUGCUGGUUUUUGAUUCAAAGUAAAAAAUCCAAUGGUAGAAGGAAUUUAAAAUUCCCAACCAACAGAUAUUUUGUGUGUAUAAAUCUUCUGAAAGCAUGUGUGUUAGAAUGAGUAACGAAUCAAAAUUAAUGGAAAUUCGAGCGGUUUUAAAACCCAGUAUUGUGGGUCUCGGACCGAAGGAGUUGUACGUACAACCAUUAUGGAGCAACGACAAUCCUCAUUAUCAUAAAAUUAAGAUUAAGAAUAACUUUUAUUUCGCUACUAAAAAAAGCAAUUCAGUGAUUCACUCUAGUUACACAUAUACACGUCAUAACACUGCUGCCAGUAGACGUAGCACUCCUUCUAAACAGCUACCUGCAAGCCGCGAUCCAAAGCUCACAGUAGUUUUAAAUCCAACUAAAGAUGCAUGUGAUUCCAAUGAUCAAGGGCUGAUCAAAUGGAAAUCAUUAAACGGCGAAGCAUCUGGGAGAAAUCCUUCAAGCAAGAUGACUAAAAGAACAAGAACACUUGAUAUACAUGGUUUAUCAAAGAAUACUUUUGAAGAGCUCCGACCGCUCCCUGAAAAACCAGAAGAACCCUAUUAUCCAUACCCACAUGAAUACAAUAACCAGGAUGUCCAAAGUCCAGAAGAGAGUGAAGAAUUAUCAUUCAGCACUUCUUCGUCUUCGAAUACAUUUAUUAAUGGAUUUUUCAAUGAAAGUGUUUCCUCAGUUGGUACGGGAGGGAAUAUAACGACUGGACGAAGUAGUGCAUAUUCAUGGGGACACGAAGAUGAAUUCGAUAAAAAGGCUUCCUCUCAAGUGCGAGCAAUGUUCGAUGAAAUUGAUUGCUGCCUAUUUGAAAAUGUUUCACAUCAAAUGAAUGACGAAUGCAGUGAUUGGGUGACAUCAUUUCCUUACUUAAGGUUGCUGGGCAAUCAGUUAAUUCCGAGUGAAGAAUCUGGAAUACAGAUGAUAUCAAAAGAGACCGGACCUGUUGGUAACAAGGUAGCUGAAAGAAAUGAAUUGCUAGAAGAUGUUGAGACUGAUGCUGGCACCGAACUUUCUAUCUUAUCAGUUAAUGGGCAAAAAGUUGAAGCAGUCAAUGCUCCAGCAUCUGCACAAACAUUGUCAAAACAAGAUAUUUCAAACCAGUUCAAUUCACUUUCUCAUCUUGAAGAAGAAGUGUUUGCUAUUGAUGGCGAGAUUGAAGAGUUUAUAGCCUAUGACAAUAAUGAUAAUGAAAAACAAGAUCCGAAAGAUCGUAAACGUAAGAAGCACAGAGCGUUUCCACCUGUCACUCCUCAUGCUUUCAUCAAAGAAACAGUUUUAAGUGAAUGCUUUGAUAAUGUUUGGGUAGAGGUUAUUGGUAUACUUAAACAUUUGCUCAAGUUAUAUAUUCGUGCCAGAGCAAAAAAAGAAAUGGAAAGACAACAUGCUAAUUUUGAUUCCAACAUGGAUCGCUUUCUUGAGAGUUCACUCGAGCUUCCACCUUCAAGAGAUAGUUACUAUGGGAGACACCCUCGUUUUCCCUCACAACUAAGGUUGAAGGUUGGAACUGGGAUAUUCAAUACGUCUUCAGACCUUACUGCUUUGAAAAAAUUAAUCACGAUCAGAUCAGUAUCAUUGCAACACAGAGAAUCUUCUGUUACUCAAAAUAUGAUCCCUGAAGAAGAUGUUACUCUUAAAGAUCCAGUCAAUCACCGUCCGCUAUCAAGUACAGUCGGUGUGUUCAGACAGUUUCCCAAAACGAGCACGUUUCGCGCCGCCGAACAACAGUUUUACCACAGAAUGUUUUCUGCUAAAGGUCCGAAAAGAGCGAUUCGUUUACAGCCACUUCAAACCCCGAAGACUGCUGGACACGUGGAGGUAAACAACGUGGGUGAGGUUCGUGGUACCCGACUGACAACUUCUGGUGGCAGACAAGCUGGAUUGACCAUUAACAACAACAACAACCAACAACUGUGGGGUGCUCGAAACGGUGCGCUACCUCCACUAGAGAGAUUAGGAGCUGCCGACACCACUUUGUCAUAUCAAGUUAAAAGUCCGAAACGUAAAAAUCGAGCAACAAGUGCCGUGAGUAACGAUUCUAAAAAUCCAACAACGCGGGAUAGAUCAUUUCAUUCAACGCUGCCUGACUCUAGACCGAACACUACCCAAUCAUUUCUUAACGACCAAUCGUUUAACAGACUUAAACUUCGCGACUCAUCACAAAGCUUACCGUCUAAAACAUCUGCGCACACUUACCACGACAAUCCUUUCUCAACUAAACAAUUAUUAGAGGAGGAGCCUCAGGAAUUCGAUGAUCUUGUGUUAUGGGGUCACGGCCCACCUCUUAUUUCUCACCAACAACCAAGAAAACGAAAAUCGCUUGGAGGUGGUCCUGCUAGGUAACGACAUGUUAAAGAUGCAGAAUACUAGAUUGUCUUCGUGUAACAAUUACAACCGUGGUCAGGAUUAGAGCAUCAGUUGAUGUGUGCGCGAGUACUGCAUCAAUUGAUGUGUACGUGUAUAUGAACGCGUCAUCCAUGACCGUUGUGAUGUCAUAGAUCGAACUAAAUUCGGUGCAAAUAUUUGUCUCGAAUUGAUCAUCGAGUCUGUUUUAAGACGAAUUCACAACUUGUGAAAGAAAAUUCAUUUAUUUAUUUGUGGCAUAAUGCUACUGUAUUUUCUUAAGAUAGACCUUGGUUCCAUGCAUAUCAUGAAUACGAGGCUGGUUUUUAUUUGAAUGUAAAUUUAUACACAAUAUGUAAAUAUUGUAAAAAAUACACUUAGUUGUAAAUACAAGUUUUAAAAGUAAAUAUAUUUAAUACAUUCA